ACACUCGAAUUGCUAUAAACAGUUGCAUUCUAGAACAAGCAGCCACAAUAUUUUCACGCAAAUCAACACGCUGAUCCAGCCGUGAUGUUGUUCUUAAUCCUCGCUUUCACGUUUCUAUCGGCAGGCCUCUCGGCCCCUCUGACCUCUGACUGUGACACGUUGACCCAGCAGGUGGAAAUCCAAAGUCGCGACCCGCUCUUGGGCGUGUGGACGUUUGCGGGAGAAAGUACUGACAUGCCAGGCUCCAAACUCCUGACAAAGAUGUUUGUGGAAAACGUGUGGGGGAAAGUCUUCCCGGCCAAUGAGAGCGACUCCAUCUUUGUGUUUCAAGUCCAGAAAAUGUUGGGCCGAUGCUACAGUAUCACUUCAAAGUUGACCUUGGUCAACAACACUCUGCACAUGGAGCAUCCCCUCUCUGCUAGUGAGGUUCUCUUGAGGACCAGCUGCUCUGACUGCAUUCUUCUUCUGUCUAACACUACCUUGGGAGAACGCACGUACCGUGUUAUGCAGCUUUUGACCAGAAGACCAAAAUUGACGAGUGCUGAGAUUGAUGAGUUCAAGAGGCAGGCGGCAUGUCUGAAUUUACCCCCACCCACCAUCCUGGCUGCAGACAAAGGUUUUUGUCCAGAUUCAUCAGCUUCAAAAGACACAGAGACCACUGAUUUAACCUCCGUCCUCAGUCAAGCUGACCCAGAAUAUAUGAGACUAUUGGACAAGCUGCUCAGCAGUCAAAGUGGAAUAAAGAUGAUUGUGGAUUCGAUGAGAAAUUAAAAAUAAAAUAAAAAACAAUACAAAGAGA